AUUUACGUGUGCUCGAAGCGAAAGCUCAGCAGAUUAUUUUUUUUUCUUCCAUUUCUCACGCUCUUCAGCUUCUUCUAAAUUUUAAAUUUGGUUUCGUUAUACAGAGAGUAAAGAGUAAUCUAAGCUAAUUACUGGGUCUGCCUUCUUUUUUAAAUGGUGAUGUGCGGAAUAGUUGUUUGAGGUAAAUGGGUUGUUGGGGUUUUGGAUUUUGAGCUGUGAAUCAGUUAUAGGUUUUUUAGCAAAAAGAGAACAGAAUACAGAGGCUGGGAAAUGAGGAAAUCGUUCAAGGAUUCUCUCAAGGCUCUUGAAGCUGAUAUCCAGUUCGCCAAUACCCUGGCUUCUGAUUAUCCAAGAGAAUAUGAUGGUUCUUGCCUUCAGAUGCGAUUAUCUUACAGUCCAGCUGCUCAUUUCUUCCUUUUCCUCGUCCAGUGGACUGAUUGUCAUCUUGCCGGUGCCUUGGGAUUUCUCAGAAUCCUUAUAUACAAGGCAUACACUGAUGGUAAAACCACCAUGUCUAUCCAUGAAAGGAAAGCUAGCAUAAGAGAAUUCUAUGGGGUGAUCUUUCCAUCAUUGUUGCAACUAUCUCGAGGAAUUACGGAUGUGGAUGAGAGGAAACAGAAAGAAAUUUGUGCUGCAAAGUUCAAGAAAAGGGAUGAAAUGAAUAAAGGAAAGAUAUCAGAAAUCGAUUUAGAGAGAGAAGAAGAAUGCGGGAUUUGCAUGGAGAUGCACAGCAAGAUCGUGUUGCCUCAUUGCAACCAUUCCAUGUGUAUGAAAUGCUAUCAAACUUGGCGAAUAAAAUCUCAGUCGUGCCCCUUCUGUCGGGACAGCCUGAAAAGAGUAGAUUCUGGUGAUCUUUGGAUAUACACAAGCAAUAAUGACAUUGUCGAUUUAUCCUUGAUCUCGAGGGAGAACAUGAAGCGUCUUUUCAUAUAUAUCGAGAAGCUGCCACUCGUCGUCCCGGAUCCGAAGAUUGUUUCUUAUGAUCUGCGGCACCAAAGUUGGUGACUUGUAUCAUUUGCAUUGAACUUUAGAAAAAGAGGU